AGGCAAGAACAAGAGGCUAAGCCAAACAACUCUGUUCACCUCCCUCUCGCCUGCCUUUCAAUUUCAAACACAACACAAGCUCCUUACAAAGCUUCACUUCGGACUCCGAUUCUCAGAACACUUAUUCCUACAGUUACCCGAACUCCACCUUGCAAAUUCCAACACUUUCCCUUUAAACCCUCUCGAAAAAUCCCUAAUUUCUUCUGUAUCCUCCUCCAUGGUGAACGAAUUGGAGCAACCUCGUCCCACCGGCCGGUGAUUCUCGGGUGUCUCAUCCACAUUCCUUUCAUUGUUGGUUGGUUUUUGCUUCAUUAGUUUGAUCAUAUACUAUCAAGAACAUGGGCAGUACAUUCAAUCCUCAGAUUUUAGUGGACAAGCUGGCCAAGCUUAACAACUCACAGACAAGCAUAGAGACUUUAUCACAUUGGUGUAUUUUUCAUAUGAAUAAGGCCAAACAAGUUGUAGAAACAUGGGACAGACAAUUUCAUUGCUCGCCACGCGAGCGGAGAUUGGCUUUUUUGUAUCUUGCAAAUGACAUCUUGCAGAAUAGCAGGAGAAAAGGUUCUGAGUUUGUUGGUGAAUUUUGGAAGGUUCUUCCAGAUGCUCUUCGUGAUGUGAUGGAUAAUGGAGACGAGUUUGGCAGAAAUGCUGCGCGGCGGCUGAUUAAUAUUUGGGAGGAAAGGAAAGUUUUUGGUUCUCGAGGGCAAAUUCUGAAGGAAGAGCUUGUGGGAAGGCAUCUAGAAAAUUAUAACAGAAACGGGAAGCAUCAGGGCUUGAAAUUGCAGAAGCAGCCUAUUGGAAAUACAGUGGACAAAAUAGUCUCAGGUUAUCAAGUUGUUUAUGGUGGCCAGAUUGAUGAAGAUGUUGUAUUGAACAAAUGUAGGAAUGCUAUUAGCUCUAUUGAGAAAGUAGAGAAGGAAAUUGGUAGUGACAUCCAUUCAGGACAAUUGCAUGGAUCUUCAUUGGUGGAGGAGUUGCGGGGUCAGCAUGCUACACUAAGGAACUGCAUUGAGCAAUUAACAGCAGUGGAGUCAUUGAGAGCGAAUCUUGUUAGUCAUUUGAGGGAAGCUGUUCAGGAACAGGAAUCAAAGCUGGCGCAAAUCCGCAAUGAGUUACAGGCUGCACAAUCACAGUCAGAGCAGGUCUGCCGGCAGUUACUGAAUUGUGACAAUGUGCCAAUGCUAGCUGAGCAGAACACGAAGGAAGCUCAUGCUUCAAUGGCACCUCCAAGCUUUAUAUCAGGAGACAGAGAACAGUCAGCUCCUGUAAUGUACACUCGGCAGGUAUCUUUUCCUGAAAAGUCUGGUCAUGUGGAGGAGGACCCUCGGAAGUCUGCAGCUGCGGCUGUGGCAGCAAAGCUAACUGCUUCAACAUCCUCUGCCCAGAUGCUCUCUUACGUCCUCUCCUCCUUGGCAUCUGAGGGUGUCAUUGGUAAUUCAAGCAGAGAACACUCAAGUGAUUUUCCUUCAGAGAAGAGGCCUAAGGUUGAGAAUGAGCAAUCUUACUUGCCACCAAACCAGCAGCCUCCAGUGCCUUCUUUCCCACACCCUGAAUCUAUGCAACAUAAUAUAACGACCACAACUCAACAAUCAACUACAAAUGACCCACCGCCUCCCCCACCAUCAUCUCCGCCACCAAUGCCUCCACUACCACCUGUGCCACCGUUUCAGAUGCCCCAGUACAUUCAAAAUCCUGCAGCUAUGUCCAGUGCCCCAUACAGCUACAACAUGAGCCAAACACCACCACCUACCAUGGCUGCAUAUCCUGGAGUUGCAGCUUCAGUGACAGGCAUGUCUCCUUUUGCACCACCUCCAACAAAUCCUUAUCAGAGUUUUCAAGGUUCUGAUGGUAAUUUCUAUAGCCAACCAUCAUCAGUGCCAAUGGCACCAAUUUCUCGACAGUAGGAUGUCAGUGAGGGCUGCUCUGAUAGAUUUUACUGGUUUAACAGGUGGCAUCUCUUCUCGAUAAUUAUGAGGCCGUGUUGUGAAUUGGUACUAGGACCCCUAAUGGUUGUGUUAUUAUACAGCCUAAUCUAGAAUUGCACAUAGUGAAUGUUUGUAACCUAAGUUUUGAAUUGGUUUUAGAUUCGAUGUUACUAAAAAUUUAUUGCAUUGUUGAACAUAGAAAAGGAAUUUUACUUGUGUUUAGACCGUCA